AUGCAUGCAGGUACCCGUGGGAAGCUAACAAAUUGGCCCAGAGGUUUACCCUUGGGAUACCUCAACCAACUGGAACAGCGGUUGGCCGAGACUGAAUCAGCUCUUUACGGGGCUUUGAUGAGUCUUCGUUCACUCGGGCAAUCAACAUCGGUACAAGUUGCAGUAAAGUCAGACAAUGUUCCCAAACAAAAGGCAGCUCGCAUGGCAGAGUGGUCCCAACUACCACUUCGAGAACGAAUCGACAUGGAGCGUUGGCUAACGAUGAUGUCGGACCAAUUCACCAUCGAACCGCCAAGAGACGUUGUUCCCGAGAGCUCAGGGGAUCGGUCCGAAAUUCCCGCUACUCCCCAUCUUGAGAAAGAGCAAAGCUUGGGGGAUGAGCCUCGUGUUGGACGAGUCUUCAAUGCGUGGCAACCCAGGGACGGCGGGGUCAGUUCGGGAAGUCCAUACAGUCCUCACCAGUGCCACCCGAGGAUGAUGGGUUCCUUAGUUUAUUUCGGACACCCAGCUGUGGAAGGAUCUGAGGCGCUGCAGUCUCCAUCGGCUGGGAGUUCCCGACGCGGAAUGACUGGUGUCGAUGAUGUCGGUCUUCCGAUGGAUACAGAUGCAGUUGCAAGUGGGGUGGAGACAGGGCAAUCAAGCAAGGCUGACGAGCUAUCACACAAUAAUCCGAGUCUAUACUUUUGA